AUGGCUCAACCAGGAGUCCAGUCUUUGAAGUGUGUGGUGACAGGUGACGGUGCUGUCGGAAAGACAUGCUUGCUGAUUUCCUACACAACGAACGCCUUCCCCGGCGAGUACAUCCCUACUGUCUUCGACAACUACUCCGCGAGUGUGAUGGUCGACGGAAAGCCGAUUAGCUUGGGACUGUGGGAUACUGCUGGUCAGGAGGAUUACGACAGACUGCGACCUCUUUCUUACCCCCAAACCGACGUCUUUCUCAUUUGCUUCUCCAUUGUCAGCCCGCCAUCAUUUGACAACGUCAAGGCCAAGUGGUACCCCGAAAUCGAUCACCACGCACCUAACAUUCCCAUCAUUCUCGUCGGUACCAAGCUCGAUUUGAGAGAGGACCCCAACACCCUCGAGUCGCUCCGCCAAAAGCGUAUGGAGCCUGUCUCGUACGAUCAGGCUCUGAUUUGUGCCAAGGAGAUCAGGGCGCAUAAGUACCUUGAAUGCUCUGCUCUCACACAGAGGAAUCUCAAGAGCGUUUUUGACGAGGCCAUUCGCGCCGUCUUGAACCCCCGACCUGUCGUCCAGCAGAAGAAGAAGUCCAAGUGCACGAUUUUGUAA